AUGAGUCCCGACGCUCUGCUCUUGCCUGCGGUACUUCUGAAGCAGCAAAAGUUUGAGCUUGAGACUGUUCAUAAACUCUUACAGAAACGCCUUCAAGGUCUCGAGGUUCUUCUUGCCGGUCAUCAAAAGAACUUUGACGAGAGCAAGAGUAUUGGCCUCCUCAAGCCUAUAUUAGAUCAACUCGAGGAAGAGAUAGCGGCGCGUCGUGAGGCUCUCCAGGCACUUGCCAAAGAAAUCCAGCCGGAGAAAGAGUCACUCUCCUCACUCAGUAUCGAGGAAGAAGAGUACGAGAUCUCACUUGGAAUCACAACCCUCGAAGAGGCGGUCGAGUCGUAUAAUGAAUUUAUCAAAGCGGGUGACGCAGCCGAGCUCGCGAGAUCAGAACUCGAGAGCUGGUAUAGUACCGCGGAGAAGAAUACCGACUCCGUCGCUGAGCGGUUUGCUCGCGGCAAGCUUCCACCAGUUGAUAUUAAGUAUCGCAAGGCCACAGUUAAACACCAGGAAAAUGUCUAUGCUGCUCGCAUAUGGCUAGAAAAGGAACUACCGGAGAUUAUGAGUGAGCAUGAGGAGCGCCUCAAUCAGACCUGGACCAUGUCAAAACAUGCUAUUAUGGCACUUCAUCGUAUGACACAGUCUCUCAAUCACGGCCACUCUAUAUGUUCAUCGGGUAUCGAAAAGUUCUCACCAGUGGCUGCAAGAGCCAAUCUUGAACAACGAAAGGACGAAAGUCUGGAGCACCAGGCGAUUCGACCGGCGGUCUACCAUAAUUACGCUCUCAAAGGAGUGGAAUCACCGGUUAUCUUUGGUGCAGACCUUGGUGUGAUCGGCAAGCGGCUCGAAACCUUGGUUGAGUUUCUACUGGAGCAAAUGCCGGCAAGUAAUAUGCUCAUAUCGUACACAAGCCUCAUGGUUUCGCCACAGUCACAUGAACAUUUCUUACAAAUCAAAUGGAAGGAAGCGUUUGAAAUGGAGAAAGAGAGCAAAGGAUUUGCAACUCUGAUGCGUAAACAGGUUUGGUCGCCAUCAGAUUUGGCCAUGCUACUCACUCAUGAGUUUCUACAAUACUCGCCUUUGUUCCCUCUCCGGCCAGGCGAAGCCGAACGCUUCAGGCAACUGGCAAUACCCCGGGCUCGUUUGAGUAUCAUGAUAGAUGACUAUCCAGAAGACGAACCAUUCACUCCUGUGCGACGUCACGAGAUUAUGCUCAAGCUCCUGACCAUUCAAGAACCUCCGCCUGCAGAAAUUUUCACUCAGAUAGAAGAUACGGCUUCGAUCAUGGCCCAGUUCCGCUCCAAGUGGGAUUUCAAGAAUAAGAGGCCAUGGAGAGACGGUAUUAAAUGUAUUGGCUACGAGAACGGGACCGCUAUCUUGCGGAGAGAGAAUGGCGCACCCGUCAACGCCGACGAAGAGGAGGCGGUAUAG